CGGAUUCACCAUCGUGUCCACAUUACUCGACUCGAUCUCGAGGAAUACCGUGAAUGGUCGAGAUGGUUGUCAUCGGAAAUCACAUCAGCCGCGGAACUUCCGUCUGCAUCCUGGCGAUGGUGCUCUGCUUGGCGUCCCGCGCUUCCGGCGAAUACGAAUCGAGAGAGAUGUCGAACGGCGGACCAAACGACAGGUCGUCGAGCAACGAUUUCAGCUCGUGUACCGAGGGCAAGUGCGUCAAGCGCACCAUGAAAGAGAUUACCAACGGCAUGUGGUUCGGUCCACGUCUUGGAAGGCGGCGCAGGUCCGAGGUCGACAAGCAAGAAAUCAAUUCCGAGAUUGAGGCCCUGGCCAAUGUCCUGGGUAACGAACGCUGGGCCUUUAUCACGAUUCCAGCUAGUGAAAAGAGACAACCGACUCAGUUUACGCCGCGGUUGGGUCGAGGAUCGGAAGAGGAUCCAUUCUCCUAUGCGGACGCGAUAGAUAGAUACGAGUUCGAAGAGAGCGAUCAGCCCUUGCCACCGAUAUUUGCGCCGCGUCUGGGUCGUCGACUACCUUGGGCACCGUCGCCGAGGUUGGGUCGCCAAUUGCGUGGCGCGAUGCGAAAAAUAUAGAUGUACCACUGUGACGAAGGCUAAACGAUCAUCGAGAGCUAUGGUUGGACAAUGAUCACGUAGACCUGCACGACUGUGUGAGGAUAUCGGCAAUGAAAAAUCAAAGCGCUAUUAAGAUAUUAUGGAGAACUGCUGCCGUUCCUUUACCAUUCCUUUCUGAAAACUAUUAUUAUACAAUUUUGUAAUCAGCAAUAAGUGAGAUAAUGAUUAAUUUUCCAUCUCAAGAGGUCAGAGAUAAAUUCAAAAAGUGACUUUUCUCCUGAAAUGUACUUUUAAACGAAACGUCUUCAUUGUUUUUAUUCAAAGCUCGUCUACUAAAUUGAUGAUAAACUUCUUUCACGAGACGCUUAUUGCACUUGCAAAUUAGAAUUAUCUAUAUUUUUAUAAAAUUCUUCUUUUAGAAACAGACUCAAGAAACAAAACUGAUACAUAGAAAUAGUAUAAUAAUGUUAUAAUCAUCAAUUAUAAAUAACACAAAAAUUAAUAAACGUGCAAGACUAUUUUUUUUAUAUCGCAGACUAAUAAACGAUUUUAGCUACAACAAGAGAAAGCCUACGAGCGGAAUAGUAUGCAUUGCAAGUUUGUACGUACGGCAGAGGAUGAUGGAUGCUAUUUUCAGCGUCCUGAGAGAAGGGUUAAGAUAUCUCUCUCCCCUGAGAGGGGAAAUAGGACGGCGGAAGAAAGAGAGGAGAGGCAGGGUGCCGAACCGCAGCGGGUAACUCCUCGACCGGAACUACCGGCGAGCCAUGUGGCAACAUAGAGGACAGUCAUAAUCGUAAAACUCGAAAACACAGCGGCAGCAGAUACAAGUUGGCUCCUAGUCCUCGUUUUAGUAUAUCUUAUAUCGAGGAUCGCUCGUAAAACGCGACAAAAAAUCUCUCCAACGAGAGCUCCGGAAGAUUAACGAUGAUCAUAGGUAACGCAAUGUGUUACACAUACAAAAUGUUUGAUGAUAUUGAAGAUACAUUGACAAAUAGCGUAAUCCUUCAAUCAAUAUUAGAUCCAUUUGUCUAGAACAAUUAAGUAUGAGAAUUUAAUAUUGCGUUGACCGAAAAGUCUCUUAUGUGUGUCCAUGUUCUUUAACAAAAUUCAAACUCCGCAUUGAGAAUUAAUACAAAGUUUUACGUUAUCGGAAGAAUAAUUAAAUUUCCAAAUCUGCGCGAAAACGUAUUUGUAGAACUAAUAAAUGUUUAAUGCCUGAA